AUGUCAACCAGAAACUACGGUAAUAUAAACUAUAUGGCCAUAUUUUACAAUAUUAAUAAAAAUCCUUCGACGAAUAACGGUGUACAAAACUCAGGCAAAGAAUGGCUAUUACUAAGCCCGUGCAAUGGUACAAGAGAAAUUCCAGCUCCAUGUGCUACCGCAUGGAAUAAUUCAGCAACGUACAGCAUCGGAGGUACGUUGGUUAGUUUCAAUAAUCGUAACUAUGAAUCUACUAAUUAUUCACAAGGUUUCAGUCCAGCUGCUGGUUAUGUUAUUAGUUAUAGCAUGGCACAACCCUGGCAAUAUAUUGAACCAUGUUAUUAA